CACCAAUUUCACACUGGAAAAGUAAUUUUAAGAAAUUGAAGGAAUUGCAAACUAAGGAAUUUUGCUAAGAAAAUUUUCCUAAAUAAGUAAAAAUGGCCGAAGCUAAAAAUUUUCUCUAUGCUUUUUGUGGAAAGCGUAAAAUUAAGCCUACUUACAUCACCUCAAACACUGCAGAUGGACGAUUCAAAUCUCAGCUUACGGUCCCUGGUUUUGACUACACAUCGAAAGGAUUUGCUCAAAACAAGAAGGAUGCAGAAAGUGCUGCAGCAAAAGAUUUUUGUGGGUUUUUGAUUGGUGCUGGCUUGGUACCGUCAGAAUCGUUGCCGGAUAGUGUAUUUGAAGAUGAAAUGAAUUCUCCAGUUGGAAACACAGCUCAUGCAAUGACAAAUCCAUCAUUGCCUCCUCAACAAAAAUCAUCAUCUUCUCAGCAACCAUUUAUGUCUCCUCCUAUGCAAAACUCGCAAAAACCUCUUCAUCCUCAAAUGUCCACAAGUGGGACACCAAGUUUAUUUUACGGUACACAACAACCAAGCUCAAACGUACAAGUUGGAAACAGAAAUUAUCAUUACAGCAUGUACAAUAAGCGACAGUUUGAAGAGGCAGAAGAUGUCGAUCUCAAUGCACAUUUACAUGGAAAUUGGACUGUAGCCAAUGCAAAGUCACGCUUACAUCAAUAUUUACAACAAAACAAAUGUCCAGCUGAUUUUAAAUACACCACCGGUGGUCCUGAUCAUAACAGGCAUUUCUCCUGUGAACUUUCAGUAUUUGUGCGAUCACACAGAAGAAAUAUAAAAUCAAAAGAACUUGCAUCAACAAAAAAACAAGCAGCGCAAAAAGUUGCCCUUAGUUUAGUGAGACAACUGUUUCAUCUUGGAGCAAUUGAAGCUGCCACACCAGGUCAACAAGGGGCAAAGAAACUAAAAUCUGAUGAGUUAGAACCAAUUGAUGUUGUUCUUAGCCCUGAGUUAACAAUGCAAGUCAAAACCUUACUUAAUGAUCUUGGUAUUGAGCCUGUACCAGAGCCAAGUGAUGGGGAAUCAGUGAAUAUUGUACUUAAACGUGAAACUGAUAAGUUUGAGGAGAAUGAAGAAAGUGUGAAUGCAGGGGCUGUUGAAUGGUCACCACCAAGUAUGAACUGGAAUCCAUGGAUCAAUCAAAGCACAAUAAUUGAAGGAGCUGAAGAAUAUCAGGAACCGUUACCGACGAGUGAAGAUUUUCACAAAGAACUCACUGAGAGAAUGAACAAUGAUUCCUCCUUGCAACAAAUGUUACACGAACGUCAGCAGUUGCCUGUUGCAGGUUACAAAGAUGCACUGUUGCAAGCAAUAAGAGAGAACCAGGUUGUUAUCGUUCGUGGUGCAACAGGUUGCGGUAAAACUACACAGGUACCACAGUUUAUUCUCGAUGAUUUUAUUCUUCAAGGACGUGGAACCGAAUGCAACAUUAUAGUCACGCAGCCUCGUCGAAUAAGUGCAAUGAGUGUUGCUGAAAGAGUAGCCGCUGAAAGAGCUGAAAAUCUUGGAUCUAGUACUGGUUAUUCUGUACGAUUUGAUUCCAUGCUACCUCGAAGUCAUGCUUCCAUUAUGUUUUGUACCGUUGGUGUGUUUCUACGAAAACUGGAAAGUGGAUUGUGUGGUGUAUCACAUGUUAUCAUUGAUGAAAUUCACGAAAGAGAUAUAAACACCGACUUUGCAUUGGUAAUUCUUCGUGACAUGAUUGAAAGAUAUCCCAAUCUUCGAGUUGCUCUUAUGUCGGCAACCAUCGAUACACAAAUGUUUUUUCAAUACUUUAAUAUGUGUCCAGUUAUUGAGGUUGAAGGAAGAGCAUUCCCAGUACAAGAUUAUUAUCUUGAAGACGUGAUUGAGAUGCUUGGUUUCGUUCCUCCACUCUCGGAGAAAAAAAAGAAACGCGAAAAAGAUGACACGGAAGUUGAAGAAGAGGAAAAUUGCAAUAAUGUCUGCAGUGACGAUUACUCAUUUCAAACAAAGAACGCGUUAUCACAGCUCAAUGAGAAAGAAAUGUCUUUUGAAUUGAUUGAGGCAUUAUUAAAUUAUAUUGCUGAUCUUGAUAUUCCUGGUGCAAUACUCAUCUUUCUACCUGGUUGGAACUUGAUUUUUGCCAUUCAUAAAUUUUUAUCUCAGCAUCCUAUUUUCGGUGAUCGAAAUUACCGUCUUUUACCGUUGCAUUCUCAAAUACCUCGCGAAGAUCAACGUCGUGUUUUUGAACCCGUACCACAAGGAGUCAGAAAGAUAAUAUUGUCCACGAAUAUUGCUGAGACGAGCGUCACCAUUGAUGAUGUUGUGUUUGUUAUUGAUUCUGUAAAAGCUAAAAUGAAAGUUUUUACAUCUCACAACAACAUGACCAACUACGCUACAGUCUGGGCCUCAAGAACAAACAUGGAACAAAGGAAGGGUAGAGCUGGUCGUGUAAGACCUGGGUUUGCUUUUCAUUUGGUUAGUCGAGCUAGAGCGGAAAGACUUGCUGAACAUGCUACACCUGAGAUCUUGCGCACUCCACUUCACGAACUUGCUCUUACCAUAAAAUUAUUAAAGUUGGGAGACAUUCGCGAUUUCUUAAAUAAAGCAAUUGAACCACCACCGCUUGACGCCGUGGUUGAAUCAAUUUCCUUAUUGAGAGAAAUGGACGCUUUGGACAAAAGUUAUCAACUUACGCCUCUUGGUUAUUUGCUUGCAAAACUUCCACUUGAACCUCGACUUGGAAAAAUGGUUGUGUUGGGUUGUCUAUUUAAUUGUGGUGAUGCAUGUGCAACGAUUGCCGCAAGCACGUGCUUCCCAGAACCAUUUGAAACGCCCUCUGACCGCAAACGUCUUGGAUGGGUCCAUAAGCAGUUCUCUGGUCGACGUCAUAGUGAUCACGUGGCAAUGUUGAGUGCGUAUCAAGCUUGGGAAGAUGCCCGAUCAAUGGACGAAAGUGCAGAAAUACAGUUCUGUGAAAGUCAUCAGUUGAAUAUGUCCACUCUAAGGAUGACAUCGGAGGCACAGCUUCAACUUAAGAAUAUUCUAUGUAACGCUGGUUUCCCAGAAGACUGCAUGCACCCACAACCAUUCAAUUUUAAUGGUCCCGAUUCUCAACUAGACAUAGUUAUUGCUCUCUUGUGUUUUGGUCUUUAUCCAAAUAUUUGUAUACAUAAAGAAAAGCGAAAAGUUGUUACAACCGAAGGCAAAGCUGCUCUCAUUCAUAAAUCAUCUGUAAAUUGCUCAAACCGCGAGCAAACUUUUCCUUCUCCUCUGUUUGUUUUUGGCGAAAAGAUCAGAACUCGAGCAGUUUCUUGUAAGCAAAUGACAAUGGUGUAUCCUGUACAGAUUUUGAUAUUCACCCACAGUGAAGUUGAGUCUGGGAAAGAAAUCGUCAAGAUAGAUGAUUGGAUUAAGUUGAGAAUGUGUCAUGAACAGGCUGCCUCGCUCGUGGCUUUACGUAAAGCCAUCGAUGUGUUGUUAUGUCGUGUUUCUCAGAGUCCUGAGAUGAUCACCUACCCAAAUCACGAAGAUGGACGGAUAAUCUCAAUGUUCAAGAAUCUCUCGAAAGCUAAUGCUGGCCACGUGACACAACAUUCGCCUCUUAUGGCUGGUGGUAUGGGUCCUAGUGGACUACCCCGAGGUAGAGGAGGGAUACGUGGAGGAUUUAGUGGUGCUAGAGGGGGUAGACGGGGUUAUCAGGGUCCUCGUCACUUCAGAGCGCCUAGAGGAGGUGCUUUCAGAGGUUUUGAUGGACGUGGAGGAUUCAGAGGUGGAUUCAGAGGUGGAUUUAGAGGCGGAUUUAGGGGAUAUUCUGGUCGUGGAAACUUUUAGACUUGAAAUAAAAUGUCGUAAUAGGUUUUAUACGUCUUGCUUUACUGAAGUAAUAUUGAAUGAAAUAAUUAAAGCUAAGAGUUGACAUAUUUUGAUAUUGA